AUGGUGACAACAGCAUCGUCCGUGGCUUCAAGUUCGGGAGCUAGUUUUGUCGAUGCUUCCGGAUACAAGUUCAGUGAUAAGGAUAAUCGGCUAGGAAAGCUCAAGGUUACGAAGAAGACUGCAGCGAAAAACGCGAAGACUGCUGCUGCUGGGAGAAAGGAACCAGAGAAAAUGGAUCCCGACUCCCGCGCUUCCACAUCGCCCAUUCUCCCUGAAAUGGACGAUAAAAUCGUGGCUGCCUUCCCUAAUGGCAAACCGCGAGAAACUCAAUUGGAAACGGUGAUAUGCAAACAUUGUAAACGACCAGUUCUACGACAAACGGCAGCAGAACAUAUACGAGGCUGCCUGAAAGCAAAACAAGAGAAAGCACGGAAGAAGAAAGAAGCUCGGGAUGCUGCUAACAGGGCGAAAGAGAAGGCAUUGGGGAAAGAUAAAGGGAAAGAUGGGGAUGAUAAAGGCGAUGACAGAUCUGGAAUUGGUGGCAUGGAUGAUGACGACGCGGUGAAGGGACAGAAGAGUGCGAAGAAAAGUGCUGGUGGGGACGAUGGGACGAAGAAAGGGAAAAAACGCAAGGCUGACAUCGAUGAUGAGAAGGACAAGGAACCAAAGAAAAAGAAGAAGAAAGAUGAACCGAAACCCAAGGCGGCCAAACCAAAGGGCCCUGUCGACGUGGAGAAGCAAUGCGGUGUCCCCCUGCCCAAUGGUGGCCAGUGUGCGCGGUCUUUAACCUGCAAGAGCCAUUCCAUGGGUGCUAAAAGAGCUGUCCCUGGCCGCUCGUUGCCGUAUGAUAUGUUGCUUCAGGCAUAUCAGAAGAAGAACCAGGCACGGCAGCAAAAGGCCGCAAUUGAUGCGAACGCUCCGAUCCAUGAUGAUCUAGAUGGCAAUGGCCCAAUCGACUCAGACGAGGAGAGAGAUGCAGUGAUGGCGGGCCUGGCUCGAUCAAAUCAUCAACCGCUAGUAACCCACCCUCUCAUCCCAACCAGACGCAAAUACCACCUAGUGCGUAUGAAGGAAAUGCUUUCACAGGUCCUUGGUGGUGCAAGGGGGGGUAUUUUUUCCCAACCACGCGAUGUGACCAAUCAGGGUCAGGGUGGAAGGGCUAUGUUGACCUCGGACUCAACCAAUAUCGCAGCGUCCCCCACAAGUGCUGUCGACCCUUCUGCGCAAUCUGCGGAAACUUCGAGGAAGCCUUCGAUCUCUCAACAGCCGGCGCAGAAUCGAGUUUCCCAAGUCACAGCCGCAGCUGCGGCGAAAAAGCCCGCUACUACUUCUACUACUACUUCUACUACAACACCAACAACAACAACAACAACAACAACAACAACAACAACAACAACAACAGCAACAGCAGCAACCAGUACUGCUACAGGCUCUGGAAAUGCAACCGCAACUGCAACCUGA